CAAAUCACCAUAUCUAUAUACGCAAAACUUGUUUAGGUUACAAUUAGUUCAACCCUUAGUCGUCCCUCCAAAAGAUCAAGUAUAUUGUUUCGAGCUAUCUCUGUCUCUUCUUCGUCUUCGUCCUCCCUACGCGGUACGGCUAACUAUUUUGUUUUCUUUUCCCUGGAGGACUUAAAACAAAGGAUUUUGGUUUGAAUUCAUGCAUGUAGCCGUUCAGACUCUUAACAACAAGAGGGACUAACAUGCAUGACAGAAUUUGUGCCAUCUGUUGAGCAUAUCUAGGGGAGCAUCAUGGCUGUCAGUACAGAAAAGGUCCUCGAAUCUGUUGGUGGMUUUGGUUGGUAUCAACUUAGGCUGUGUUUUAUGUUGGGAUACAUGUGUCUCUUCGUCUCAAUGGUGCUAAUGGUAAUGACAUUCAGUACAGCCGAGCCACCGUGGAAGUGCACUCUUAAUUCAACAUCAUGUACUCUUAACGGGACGUUCAARCUUGGCGACGAUAACUUCGACCUUCGGUGUAAAAUACAACGUAGUGACUGGGAAUUUUCAGUGGAAAGGGACUUUGAUUCUAUCGUCACCGAGUGGGAUUUGGUGUGCGAUAAUGCUGUGUAYGUAAGCAUUGUCAACUCRACAACAUUUCUACUGUUCAUCUUUGGUUCUAUGUUGUCCAGUCUUGUAAGUGACAAAUUUGGAAGAAAACCYGUGGUUUAUCCGUUUGGUUUGUUUGCAUGUCUUUGUGGAUUCCUAUCAGCYUUUGCUCAAACGUACUGGGUAUUUGCAUUGUUCAGGUCUCUUGCUGGAAUUGGUGUCGGUGGCUUUACCAUUUGCUCAUUUGUAUUGGUGAUUGAGUACACCGGUGAGCCGUAUCGUAGCAGRGUUGGAUUUUCUAUCUGGUAUGCAUGGGUACUCGCUCUAGUGCUGUUAGCACUUUUAGGAUAUCUUAUUCCAAGCUGGCGUACCUUAAGCAUCGCCACAAGUGUACCAGGCGUAGUCUCUGUGAUUUUCUGGUGGUUUUCUCCUGAAUCACUACGAUGGCUGAUAGUUAAGGGGCGAACGGACGAAGCAAUCAAAGUUCUACAGGAUAUUGCUCGAGUUAACAAGAAAGUCCCUCCUGAUGACGAUGUUGUAUUAGAGAAGUCCGGAAUAACGGAAAACCAAAAACUAGGGAACAUAAAAGAUCUGUUUGCGACAAAAACGAUUGGUUUGAGAACCCUUAUUUCAUGGUACUGCUGGGGUGUUUCUGGCUUAGUAUACUAUGGCAUUUCUCUAAGCACUCCAUCCGUUGGUGGAAACAUGUACCUGAAUUUUUUCAUUAGCGCUGUGUGUGAAGGCAUUGGGAUGAUGAUAGGGAUAUUCUUGCUUGAUAAAAUGGGACGAAAAAAGACGAUCGUUGCCAACGUCUGGUUGGCUGGCUUGGCCAUGGUUGUAGGUGCUGUACUAAAAUUUUACGAUGAUGGCGGUGAUGGUUACCUGGCAGGAAAAGUCAUUUCAUCGAUGGUACUCGGCAAAGUAUUCAUCAUCAUUGUCUUCGAUGGAGUGUAUAUUUACACUAGCGAAAUGUUCCCCACUGUGGUCAGGAAUACCGCUAUGGGCACAUCGACGUCUGCUGCUCGAAUUGGCUCAGCCACCGCACCUUAUAUCAUAUAUUCGGAGCGUGUACAUGCUCUAAUGCCGUUCAGUUUUAUGGCAGUGGCUGCUGUAGUUUGUGGAAUACUGUGUUUGUUACUACCCGAAACAAGCAAAACAUCCAUGCCAGAUACGGUCCAACAAGUCCAAAAAAAUGGAGGUAAUUGCAGCCAGGCAAUGAUGGCACUGAAUAUCGAAGAUGAAGACGACGACGCUCAAAAAUUCACGUGAUUAUUGAUUAAACAACGAAUAUCUUCUGGUAAAUACGAUUAUGAAGCCUAUAGCAUGAGAAAACCAUGUAAUCUUGCAACGAUUCCUUCUACAAAUGACACUGACAUAGUUUGGUGACAAGAGAAGCUGAAAUAUCAGCUACAGAAGAACAUCCUGAAAGACAAUUUGCAAAAUCAAAUUGCACCUUCCAUGCAGGAUUGCCAUUUUGCAUUGCGUUUUUGCAUGGGCUUACGUUUUAUUGAAACCUUCGCCUUUGCAAAAUCACUUUUUACCAUAACUUGUAAAAUUCUCAUCAUUAGGAUUGUAUAAGAAUUUUUGGACAACUUAACUAUUAUGUUACGGAUUCAAUACAAGAGGUUUAGAGCGCAUGCGUACUGUGUACCUGAUAGAAUCAUUGCUGUCUUCAGUUCAGUGCGUAGAAUCUCAAGAACUUUGUGAACACCUUCUUCACCCUGAAAUAUUAAUUAAAAAGCAUUUUUAUAUAUUGUUA